UGACGAUAAGGCCCCGCCCCGCCUCGCGGUCCCAAGAUGGCGGAUCCCGCCCAGGUACCGGCCACUCCGAGCCGGCACGAAAAGAGUCUGGGUUUGCUCACGAGCAAGUUUGUGUCACUGUUACAAGAAGCCGAGGACGGUGUGCUUGAUCUUAAGGCGGCGGCUGAUACGCUUGCUGUGCGACAGAAACGCCGCAUUUAUGACAUCACUAAUGUUCUGGAAGGUAUUGGACUUAUUGAGAAGAAAUCUAAAAAUAGUAUUCAAUGGAAAGGUGUGGGUCCUGGGUGCAACACAAGGGAGAUAGCAGACAAGCUGAUAGAUCUGAAGGCAGAGCUGGCUGAUCUGGAACAGCGAGAGCAAGAAUUGGACCAGCAACGAGUGUGGGUUCAGCAGAGCAUAAAAAAUGUUACAGAUGAUGUGCAAAACACUGGGCUAGCUUAUCUCACUCAUGAGGAUGUCUGUCGUUGUUUUAGAGGAGACACUUUGCUUGCAAUCAAAGCUCCAUCCGGCACAUGUUUAGAAGUUCCAAUUCCUGAGGGUAUCAAUGGGCAAAAGAAAUUUCAAAUUCACCUUAAAAGUUCAACUGGACCAAUUGAAGUACUUUUGGUUAAUAAAGAUGCAUCAAACUCUCCACCUGUAGUCGUCCCUGUUCCACCUCCUGAAGACUUAAUCUCACCUUCAUCAGCAGUACCCAGUAUACCUCAGAGACCCUCACGGAGUCAACAGGAUUCACCCAUCCCAGAUAUCCAGCCAGACAUCCCUGCUCCUACACCUUGUAGUCCUAGUGCCACUGGAGUACCAGAUUCCCAGGAUAGCCAUGAUAACCAAAGCCUCUGCAUGGAUAGUACAGCAACCAGUCGCCUUCUUGACAUAGACACCUGCCCGCUUCAGUCUUCAGCCUCAUUAGACAACAGCUCUGACCUGCCAAAUACUUCUACCUCAUUCCAGCCAAUUAAGUCAGACCCAUCAGAUCUGCUGGAGUUGCCAACAGACCUGUCAGAAUUAUUUGAUCCUACAAAAGAAUGCAUGACAGCUGACCUGCUGGAAGAAUUAAUGUCAUCAGAGGUUUUUGCUCCUCUGCUUAGACUUUCACCUCCACCAGGGGAUCAUGACUACGUCUACAACUUGGAUGAAAGUGAAGGCGUAUGUGACCUCUUUGAUGUCCCAAUAAACCUUUGACAUUGGCAAUCUUGUGAAUAUAGACUUUUUGAUUAUCUUUAUGAAGAAAUUUGUCUAUUUUUGGAUUCCUGUUUGUGACAGAAAAUUACCAGACAUACUUCUGCAAUGCAGAUAGUUGCAUCAUGAAACCGCUGUCUAGGACUAUAAUGAUCACUGCACUGGAACUAUUUACCAUCCAUUGGGGGGCACAAGACUUGAUUGACGAAUAUGGAAGUUGCAGGAUGUUCAAAGCACUUAACUGUUCUCCUGCUAGACCCCUUGGACCAAGCCAAUGCUGAAUCUUCUCUUGUUGGAUAUCUGCCUCAUAGUGGGCAGGGACACUUUGGUUAGCAGUACUUCAGGACGGAUUAUGCUGUUGUAUAGUGUCCAACUGAUGGGUUUACAGUAGCAUCCAGGCACGAUGAUCCAAUGCCACAGCGAUGGACUAUAAGAUAGCAGUUUAUGCUAUUCCACAGCCUACAUCCCUUAAAUGUACUGGCAGUCACUCUUUAGAAAAUUGACAUUUAUUUGAAGACUGUUGCUAUAAAAUUAUUUUUCUACGUCUGUUCUUGCUGCGCCGCAUGUACUCUUUGUAACUAUUAUUUUUUAUUUUUUUCCUCAAAAUAAACCCACCCUUUGCCAGUAGCACUUUAGGGAAGUUAAAGCCAAA